UCGACUACUAUUUCUCUUUAGUAUCUAAUUUUUUUUACUUCUAAUAAGUUGUCCGCGUUUGUGUUUGAUCUAAAUGGAAAACAAUAAAACCGUAUAAAAAAUAUAUAAAAACGACGGGCGACUUUACCGCAAGCUAACCGCUAGCUCUGUGGCUAGCGGUGCUAACAUCCUGCUCCCAGGGCGAAAACAUGUCGGGAUAACCCGCACACCCCGGUGCGAUGCAUUCUCUGGGUCAGGAGAUCCAAGGAUUCUCCAAAAACCGCCUGAAGAAACAGUGCACACGCGUUACCACGGUGACGGGCAGGAAGCUGCUGGAGAGGAGGAGCGAUGGUGGCGAGGGAGAGCAGGUGGAGCUGGUGGAGGAGCUGGAGGAGGGAAGUGGAUGUGGAUUUGUAGAAGAUAAAAGUCUGGACCUUCAAGUGGGUGUCGUUAGACCCUUUCUACUGCUGGGCUCUCAGGAUGCAGCCCACGACGCCGACACCCUGCAGACACAUAAGGUGUCCCACGUGUUAAAUGUGGCCUACGGAGUGAGUAACCUGUUCCCCGAUCAGCUGGUGUACAAGACGCUCCAGAUCCUGGACGUCCCGGACACGGACAUCACCUCAUAUUUUGGGGAGUGCGGCGCCUUCAUAGACCAGGCGCGAGAAGAGGGCGGCGUGGUCUUGGUCCACUGUAACGCCGGCGUGUCGCGCUCCUCCUCCGUGGUGAUUGGCUACCUGAUGUGGAGGGAGGGGCUGCCGUUCGGCGAUGCGUACAGCCAGGUGAAGCAGGCGAGGCCCUCGACUCGCCCCAACCCCGGAUUCUACCGGCAACUGCAGAACUACAAAGCAGGGAGUGUGCAGCUCUGCGUACAGCGGCUGGACUACGAAUCUAAUUAAAAUCUGACUAUACAUUGUAUUUUUUUCUGUAUGCCAAAUGCCCAGUGUGUCUUCAGUGUCUAAUAAGUGUAAAAAAUAAAAAAUAAAAAGCUACAAAGCCAUUCUUAUUAGAA